AUGUUUGCACACAAUGCCAUCCAGCCACAGGUAACAGCUGCCAUUUCUCAGUUGUCAUCUUUGAUGACAACUUUCAGACCAACUUUACACAAUUUCUUGGUAUCUCGGCAUUACAAAAAUUGGAGCUCCAACAAAAUCACUUCUGCUGCAAAGUUUGAACAGAUUGUUGAAGAUCCCUCAAGAACUGAACUUGACAAACCCUUGCUAGCUACAGUCUCUAAAAACAGUGGAUUUCUUGAUAUACCUACAGACAUUUCUGUUACUGAAUUGUCCCCAGUUUUGGCUCUUCUAAACACAUCGUGCUUUAAAAGUAACCAAUCAAAAUGGCUGGAAUCACACAUAUCUGCUGAGACUUUUUUUGAAAAUAGAUCAGGAUUUCCAGAGCAGCACUUGAAACUGAAACUUGGUUGUGGAACAGCUUCUAUAUUCAGUAAUCAUAAUCUCAACCAUUUACUUAAAAAUGGACUCACUAAUGCAUUUGCUCAGCAACAAACGAGAAUGUUUAAAACUCAUCGCAGUACUGGAAAAACAGGAAUUGGAAAAGGAUCUUUGCACAAUUCUUCCUUGGAAGAUCUUCGACGCUCGGUUUAUGAAAGACUAUUUCCUGAAUCCGUAAAAGCUUCCAAAAAGACGGACCAUUUUAAGUCCCUGGUUGACGAUUAUGACACAAAUCCUGAAUUCAAAGAAAAACUCAAGGUUGCAUUUGCUGAAGGAUAUACUGCUCGAGAACGUCGAGAGCCUGAUAUCAAGAACACAAUGGUCAAUCGUAUUUUCCGGGUGUUCUUCUACUUAUUUCUCCUUUGGAUCAUUCUGCAGGUGAUACAAGUGUUGGGAAGUGUUGGUGGGACUGGAAUCCGUGGCUUUGGUGUAUUGAAUAGAGAUCAGUACGAAGUGAACCCAGAAGACAUUACAGUAACUUUUGAUGAUGUCAAAGGGGUUGAGGAAGCCAAGCAAGAACUUAAAGACAUUGUUGAAUAUUUAAAAAAUCCAGAAAAGUUCACAGCUCUUGGUGCAAAGCUGCCAAAAGGUGUCUUGUUAGUUGGACCUCCAGGUAUUGGUAAAACUCUUUUAGCACGAGCUGUUGCAGGUGAAGCUGGUGUCCCAUUUUUCCAUGCCUCAGGCUCAGAGUUUGAUGAGAUUUUUGUUGGAACAGGUGCAAAAAGAGUUAGACAGUUAUUUGCUGCUGGUAAAAUGAGAGCACCCUGUGUGAUUUUCAUUGAUGAAAUUGAUACAGUUGGUGCUAAGCGAACAAGUUCCCAGAUCCAUCCUUAUGCAAAUCAAACAAUCAAUCAACUGCUCUCAGAGAUGGAUGGAUUUCAUCAAAAUGAAGGAGUUAUUGUUUUAGGUGCCACAAACAGAAGAGACAACCUUGACAAAGCACUUUUACGUCCUGGUCGUUUUGAUGUUGAAGUGAGAGUCUUCCCACCAGAUUUAAAAGGCAGAAAGGAAAUUCUUGAGUAUUACAUGUGCAAGAUCAAAAUGGAAAGUGAUGUUGAUGUUGAAUUUUUAGCCAAGGGGACCACUGGCUUUACAGGUGCAGAUCUUGAGAAUCUGGUGAACCAAGCAGCCUUAAAAGCAGCAAUGGAUGGAGCAGUUAAUGUCAGCAUGGAGCACAUGGAAUUUGCCAGAGAUAAAGUUCUCAUGGGUCCAGCCAAAAAAGCACGUCUUCCUGAUGAGGUCAGCUGGUUAACUGCCUACCAUGAAGCAGGACAUACAAUUGUUGCAUAUUUUACUCAAGAAGCUACUCCCCUCCAUAAAGUUACUAUUACACAUCGUGGACUGAGUCUUGGUCAUACGUCGUUUAUCCCAGAGAAGGAGACCUAUAACAAAACAAAAGCUCAGCUUCUAGCAGAAAUAGAUGUGUGUAUGGGUGGACGUGUUGCUGAAGAAUUUGUCUAUGGGACUGAUAAAGUAACAACAGGUGCUGAAUCCGAUUUCCAAAAAGCCACAGUUAUUGCAGAAGCCAUGGUCAAAAAGUUUGGAAUGUCUGAAAAGAUUGGUGUUCGAGUCUUUGAUGAUAAUGAUCCUUUUGACAGUGGACUCUCAAUGCUGAAGGUGAAUGAAUUGAGCCCUGCUAUACAAGAACAAGUGGAUACAGAAAUUAAACGAAUCUUACAGGAAUCCUAUGAAAGAGCUCGUCAGAUCGUAAAAAGUCAUAGUACAGAGCACAAAGCUCUUGCUCAGGCUUUGAUGAAGUAUGAAACAUUGGACUCUGAUGAUAUCAAAGCAAUUGUUGAUGGAAAAGUGCCAUCGAAGUUGGCUUCCUGA